AUGAAGCUCCAAGCUCUUCCUCAUAUCUUUUCUUUGCUUCCUGUCUUCCUUCCUCUUGCCAAUGGAGCUCCCGCUCGUAGGGAUAGCAAUCCUGGUUUAAGAGGCUCUGAGUCUUUGGUUGGGUACUCGCCAUCCGAAGUGGUUCCCGACAAAGCUCAGCCUAGUAUUCAGUACAAGCUAUUGCCAGGACAAAAGGAAGAUGCCGACAUUGGAUCCUAUCUGAACUUCGUGGAUGCCGACAACCCCCAACCGAUUCGUGGCUCAGGUGGCGGUGAUGAUCCAGGCCCCAGGAAUUAUUACUACGACCGGAUUAACAGUGACAAGCUCGCCCCUCCGGGAACUGACUCAGGUCAGACAAUCAAUGCCCAAUGGCCUCUCGGACUUAGCCAUAACCGGUUAGGACUGAAAGGCGCCGGCUGGGCCCGCCAGGAAAACACGGGGGUAAUGCCAGCUGCAGUAGCAAUGGCUGGUGUUGAUAUGAGACUUGAGCCCGCUGGCUACCGUGAGCUCCACUGGCACGUCGCCGCGGAAUGGUCUCUCAUCUUGAAUGGUUCCUGUCGCAUUCAGGCGGUCAAUGAGAAUGGAGAGACUUUCGUCGACGACUUGACCGCAGGCGACGUGUGGUUCUUCCCACCUGGCAUCCCCCACUCUAUUCAAGCCCUUGAUGAUGGCGUCGAGUUCUUGCUUGUCUUUGACGACGGUUCUUUCAAUGAAGACAAUACCUUCCUUGCCACGGAGGUCUUUAUGCAUCAACCGAAAGAGGUCCUCGCCAAAAACCUCGGUGUUCCCAUCGCGGCAUUCGAUGACCUCCCCGAUGAUGAGCUAUACAUCUUCAAAGGCACCCCUGCUCCAAAGGACAUCGAGGAGCAGAACGUGACUACAGCCGCUGGACUUGUUCCGCUCUCGCAGAGCUACUCCUAUCACUUCUCAGAGCAGCCAGCCCACGAGGUUGCUGGUGGCUCUGUCAAGAUCGUCGAUCCGGUUACCUUCCCCCUUGCGAGUAACUUCUCUGCUGCCGUCGUGACCGUUCACCCGGGUGGCAUGCGCGAGAUUCACUGGCAUCCGAGUAGCGAUGAGUGGACUUUCUUCAUCAAAGGCCAAGGCCGUGCUACUCUCUUUACUGCACCGGACACAGCGACCACUUUUGACUACCGAGCCGGUGAUAUUGGCUAUUUCCCGCAGUCGAAUAGCCACUACAUUGAGAACACAGGCGAUGAAGAUCUUAUGUUCUUGGAAGUACUCCAAGCUCCUCAGUUCACUGAUAUGGCUCUUGGCCAAUGGAUUGCUUCAACGCCGAAGCAGAUAGUUGCUGAUACGCUAAACUUGAGUGAGGAGACUCUCAGCAAGCUCAAAACGGCGAAACAGUAUGUUGUUGCGGGAACCACUGAUAAUUAG